AUGGGUCCUGGUGACUCGCCAUACUCGGGAGGCGUCUUCUUCCUGACAAUCCACUUCCCUACCGAUUAUCCAUUCAAGCCACCCAAGGUCAACUUCACCACUCGUAUCUACCACCCCAACAUCAACUCGAAUGGCAGUAUCUGUCUUGACAUUCUGCGAGACCAGUGGAGCCCCGCUCUUACAAUCUCUAAAGUGCUGCUUUCGAUCUGCUCAAUGCUCACAGACCCUAACCCGGACGACCCGUUGGUGCCUGAGAUCGCUCACGUCUACAAGACCGACCGCCCUCGGUACGAAGCGACAGCCCGCGAAUGGACACGCAAAUACGCUAUUUGA